CCUGCAAGUAUCACAAUGUGUCAAAAACAUGUAAUGAAUCUCUUCAAACAAGCUGUCGUAACAUUCCCAUAUAGAAAAUCCAUAUCUUCAGAAAUCUUCAAUAAAAACUUGGAAAAAUUAAAAUCCCUAAUGGAUCAAUUAACUAAGGAGCAUGUAAAUUUGGAUGAGAAACUUUUACAAAGAAGCGACUUCAAAACUCCUUGCACAUACAUACAAAUUUAUGAAGACUUCAAUAUUAAUAUAAGUAUAUUCAUAGUCCAUCCAGGACAUAAACUACCUCUCCACGACCACCCUCAAAUGCACGGUCUACUAAAAGUCAUUGCUGGUACAUUUAAAAUCCAAGCAUAUUCAGAAGACCACGAAGAAACAUUAAAAUUAAAUGAUAAGUCUGAUAACGAAACAGAGCAACCUGAAGAUUUUUCCGUAAAAAAAGUAGUUGCAAAAAAACUAGACGUCCUACUAUGCGAUGAAAAUUCUGAGUGCUGUAUCUUAACCCCGGGCGAUGGUAAUUACCAUGAAAUCGAACCGGUAAAUGGAUCAGCAGCAUUUUUAGAUAUCCUAUCACCUCCCUACGAUGCUUUUAUUGAAGAAUUUGGGCAAAGAGAUUGUACGUAUUACAAGGAAGAAAGUGAAAUUAAGCCCAAUUUGGUACAAUUGACUCAAAUAAGACAACCGGCUUGGUUUUGGUGUGAUACUGCUCAAUAUUCAGGACCACUUUUAUCACUUACGGAAGAAAAUACAAUAUCCCAAUGA